AUCCCCCACUCCUCAAUAAUUCAGUCACAAGCAGGAUCCUCACAGGAAUGAGGCAAAAUUUCAUCCAGACCCACUGUAUGAUAUAACCAGACGUUUUUUUUCUUGAACGGCUCUUUUUGUACGGAACAGCUGGUAAAGAUCCAUCUCCAGAUGAGCGUUGGACGGUGAAGAUUCCCUGGUAAGGUCACUUGCGGAUCUUAAUUCUUUCUAAUAGGAUUACCUGCUGCAAGCUGGGAGGCACAGGCGGCAUCUCAGCUUGUUGCUGUUCAGUCGUCACUGCAUGGAGCGCCACAAUCUCUAAAUAAAACCAAGCAUGUUUUAGUCCUGGUAAUCGGAGCAUUCAUAGGGUGAUGUGUAGGACUGACUGAGUUGAAUGGGGCUGCUGGAUAAACUGUCAGGCUGGCUGGGCCUGAGGAAGAAAGAAGUCAAUGUGUUGUGUUUGGGGCUGGACAACAGCGGCAAGACAACCAUCAUCAACCAGCUCAAGCCUGCCAACAAUUCUAAUCUUUUAGGCCCAUUCUCAGAGGAGUGGAAACAUGUUAGUCAGACACAGGCACAAGACAUAGUGCCCACAAUCGGGUUCAAUAUUGAAAAGUUCAAGAGUUCAAGCCUUUCCCUCACCGUAAUGGACAUGUCUGGCCAGAGCAGAUACAGAAACCUGUGGGAGCACUAUUAUAAAGAAAGCCAUGCCAUCAUAUUUGUCAUCGACAGCAGUGACAAGCUGAGGAUGGUUGUUGCCAAAGAGGAGCUCGAUACUCUUCUCAAGCAUGGAGACAUGUGCAGUAAAAAGCUGCCUGUGUUGUUCUUUGCAAACAAGAUGGAUCUACGAGAGGCCAUGUCUUCUGUCAAGGUCUCCCAGAUGUUGUGUUUGGAGAAUAUCAAAGACAAACCGUGGCACAUCUGUGCCAGCAAUGCCAUAGAAGGAGAGGGACUGCAGGAAGGAAUGGACUGGCUUCAAGGUCAUAUCAAAACAAUGAGCACAUGAAUGAAUGAAGAGCAGUGGGAUGCUGGGACUUCAUCGGAGGGAUUUUAUCAAGCUUUAUGUUCAAAGGCCAUGAAAGCAAACUAGAAGAUUUACAUUUUGGUAUUUUCUACACGUCAAUAGUCUUGUUGUAUCUUGCUUAACAUUAUUGUGUGUAUAAGAUUGAUUAUUAUUAUCAUUUUCAAGGACAUUAAGUGCAGCAAUCAUUCCACAUAAACAUGUACCUUUUAUUUGUGAGCAUGUUUUUUUUCUUUGCCAUGUAUACAAAUUAUGCUUUUUAAUUUUUUAUAAAUUAAAUAAUGUUUUAUGACAGAGAACAAUACAAGUUUGGUACAGAUUUUAUUAUUAUUUUCCAGUUAGAAGUCAGUUAAUAUUGCAACUAUAAAUGUCAAACAUUUUAACCAAAAAUGGGUGGGAAAGAAAACUACACACAAACUUGAUAAAA